AUGAAGUUGACCUCCAGCAUAGAAACUGUGACUCAAGUGUUUAUUUUUCUUUUUUUUGUUUGUUUUUUAAACAAAUCAGAAUCUGGAGUUGACAGAUUUGGACCCUGGGCGAGACCUCUGUCCUCUCAAAGGACAAUGUGUGUUGCAGCUCUGUUUGUAUAUACUGCAGAAAUCUGUGUGUAUAUUUCUGUUCACAACCAGGGGGCAGCAGCUCCUCAGCUACACUGUAAAAACACCCAGCCACCCUUCACAUUCAACACUCGCAUCUCUCAGCCAAGAAGGUUGCAGGAUAUCCCAUAUAUCCUGUCCUGA